AAAUCCAGGGUUUUAAUGUCUACUGUCUACAUAUGGAGCGUUAAACCCUUGAAGAAUCCCUCUCUUUAGCAUCUGCAUUUCCGAUUGAUUUCCGCAACAAUUUUACCUUCAGAAGCAGCCAUGAAUCGAGCAAGGACAAUCCUCGCAUCUCUUAGACUCUCCAACUCACUCCUCUCAACUCGGCUCUCCACUACCCGACCACUUCUAACUCAGGUGAUUCGCUUCUCCCCCCUCUCUCCAUAUUUUCCCUCUGAGCAGUCUCAUACUUGUUUUUUGAAUUCCCAUCAAAUGGUGUACUUCUCAUCAAAACCAGGUUCUCUUGUUGAGCUCUUAUUGGGCAAUGAUUGGUCCACUGAGUUAGAAAGCGAGUUAGAAACCUCCAACCCCAGAUUGACCCAUGAGACAGUUGUUUAUGUUUUAAGGAAGCUAGAUAAAUACCCGGAUAAGGCAUGGGACUUCUUUAAUUGGGUAAGCGAGAGAAAUGAAUUUAAACUCAGUUCUCCACUGUACAGCUUAAUGCUUAGAGUUCUGGUUAAAAAGGAUUACAUGAAGAAGUUUUGGAUUACGUUGAGGAAAAUGAAAGAACAAGGGUUUUAUAUUGAUGAGGAGACUUAUUUAACAAUUUCAGCAAUUUUUAGGAAAGAGAAGAUGGACAGUGAUUUGGUGGCUUUUAAACAUUUUUUUGAUAGGAUGGUUAAAGAGAAUGCUAUGGAUAGUAUAGUGAAAAAUGUGGUUACUGUUAUUUUGAAGAUGGAGUGGAACAACGAGGUUGAGGAAGAAUUGAGGAGUAUGGGAAUCAUUUUAACAGAUAAUUUUGUGAUUAAGGUACUGAAGGAGCUCAGGAAUUAUCCUUUGAAAGCUAUGCUGUUUUUUCAUUGGGCUGGUAAGUGUGAAGGUUACGAAUGCAACACUGUCACAUAUAAUGCGAUUGCCAGAGUUAUUGCUAGGGACGACUCAAUUAGAGAGUUUUGGAGUGUUGUUGAGGAAAUGAAGAAUGCUGGUCAUGAAAUGGAUAUUGACACUUACAUAAAGAUUUCGAGGCAGUUUCAGAAAAUGAAGUUGAUGGAGGAUGCAGUAAAGCUUUAUGAAUUUAUGAUGGAUGGCCCAUUUAAGCCCUCAAUUCAAGACUGCAGCUAUCUUUUGAAGAGCAUCUCAGCAAGCGACAAGCCAGAUUUAAAUUUGGUCUUUAGAGUUGCAAAGAAAUAUGAGGUGAUGGGAAGUUCCCUUUCUAAGGCUGUCUAUGAUGGGAUACAUAGGUCCUUGACAAGUGCAGGACAUUUUGAUGAAGCAGCAAAUAUUAUCAAGGUUAUGAAGAAUGCAGGAUUCGAGCCUGACAACAUCUCAUACAGUCAAUUGGUCUUUGGACUUUGUAAAGCAAGGAGAUUGGAAGAAGCAUGUGAGGUUUUGGAUGAAAUGGAAACAAAUGGAUGUGUUCCUGAUGUCAAAACUUGGACCAUUUUGAUUCAAGGCCAUUGUGCUGCUAAUCAAGUCGACAAGGCACUAAUGUGUUUUGCCAAGAUGGUGGAGAAAAACUGUAAUGCUGAUGCUGAUCUGUUGGACAUUCUAAUAAAUGCUUUCCUCGGUCAAAAAAGGAUAGAGGGUGCAUACACAUUACUCGUGGAGAUGGUGAACAAAGUCCAUUUAAGACCUUGGCAGGCUACAUACAAACUUCUUAUCGAAAAGCUUCUAGGAGAAAGGAAACUUGAAGAAGCAAUGGACCUUCUUCGUUUAAUGAAGCAACAUAACCAUCCUCCUUUUUCUGGGCCAUUUGUUCAGUAUAUAUCCAAGUUUGGGACUGUGGAGGAUGCUGCAGAUUUCCUGAAGGCAUUGAGUGUGAAGGAAUAUCCAUCAACUUCAGCUUACUUUAAUGUCUUUCAGUCCUUCUUUAAGGAAGGUAGACAUUCUGAGGCCAAAGAUCUGCUAUAUAAGUGCCCACAUCAUAUUCGUAAACAUCCUAAAAUUUCUGAACUUUUUGGUUCCGCACGAAGUUCUGUUGCGAAUGAUUGAUCAUAUCAUUCCUAUUUUUUACUUAUAACUGAAGCAUCGAUUCAUCUUCCAAUCUUCUCUUGUACAAAGUUGCCCAAGCACAAUACUGAAAAUUAGUUGUAUAAUUUGCUGGUAGGAGUUCGUUCAUUUUCCAUUGCGAAUUUAGUGUCAUGUAUUUAUAUAGCAUUGGCCUAAUCUGCCAUCUUUCAUUUUUGCCGAGUCCUAGGUAGUAGGUAAUGAAAGCAAUUGUAGCUUUGGCUGGAAAGUUUUGGACCGACCAAGAAAUAGCGGUUAUUACAUGGUGUUUGGCUUUAUUUGUUCAGAGUAAAAACUUCCCUUUCGGAGAAUGGGAGAAUUACUAUUUAGUUCCUAUAGUUUAAUGAAAUUGAUUAUUUAA